UCACGUUCCCCCUAAAAAUUUCUGAUUGCUAUUGGUUGCUAACAGCAACGAGGUGUAAAACGACGUGUAAACAACUUUUACUCUACUUGAAAGUAGAAACUAGUAUAUUUCAAAGUAGUAUCAUUUUUUCGGGUUGAUUUUGCAUCAGUUGAAAAAGACAAUACAAUCUCUCAACUCCGUUUAAAAAAAUACAGUUAUAAAUACAGAAAUUAAGAAAAUGACGUCGUGUCUUGUAAGGAAAGUUAUAAAGACGCAAGCAUAAAAUUUGAGCAGGAAAAGGCAGUUUUGCAUGUAAUAUAAGAACUACAAACAAAUUUCGAAGACACCGUAUUUUUUUGUUCACGGUUGCUGAGCUGAGACGGAAAACUAGGCCCUUCAAUGACCCGAUCGAUUUUCUAAAUGAAUCUCCCUCUAUUGUUGAUCCACUCUACUGUCAUGUGUACAACUAUUCAAAUUGUUUUAUGAUAAAAAAAAACUUCUGGCGCAAUAUACUGCUAUUCUGUCAACGAUGGCCACGAGGCCGGUGUGACGGGCAUGUGACUUGAGAUGAUGGUGAUGAGCAUUCAUCAAUAACAGCCGACUUCGCUAGAAACUUCAAUCAUGGUUGAGACGAAAAAGUUAGUGUCACGAGCAGGAUUCGAACCCAUGAAUUUCGGCUGGGCUAGCACAGUCAAAGGAAAUAAUUAACAUGGUCAAUUAUGGUCACUACAGUGACUAAUACUAAUAACUAAUAACUACAGUUUCAUAAGAUGAGGAUAAAGUCAGAUAUUUUCAAGCAACUGCUUUUGGCUAUUAGAGUAUGCAUGAGACAAUUGGAUCGACAGCCAGUAAAUGUCAAGACAAUGUUUCCAUGACACGAGAAAUGCCAUCGCGAAAGCCGGCUGUCAUCACGCCUAACAAACCGGUUCUUCCACCUAUACCGCACUACACUAAGAGUUCAUUCAUAUCACGAAGCCAAGCAUCGCCGGACAUAAUCGAAAAGCAUUUCUUCCUAACUAGACCUCCGUCCAGUCCACGUCUUCAAAAACUUAUUGGUAAAAAAGGAGCAGAACCCACAGUCAGAGCAGAGCCGGUUCAUCUGUCUUGCAUGUCUUCUGAGCCCCUUAUGCGAAUCAAUCAACUUGAACAAAAUAUAAACUUUUUGCAAGAACAACACCAGUUAAUGUUGGCAAGUUUACACCAGGAAAUUGAAGCGCUUAGGCUAAGAAACAGAGAUCUUCAGUUUCAAUUGAUAUUUGGGUCUGCUGGUGUUAAGGUGGUUCAGAGCAGUUCUGAAUCUUCACCUGAUGAUGCAAAGCCUAAAAUUAUUUUGUCCCCUAAAGAAGUAAACAACAGAUCACUCCAAGUUGAAAUGCUGGAGAAGGAAGUGUCUGAAUUGAAAGCGUCUUUGGCCGAAGCAAACAGUAAAAAUACCAGACUAUUGCAGCUUGUCGACCACCAAAAAAAACAGUUAGAAGCACCAGUAAAAGAAGGCAAUGAACAAGAAAGUGUCAACCGGCUAGAAGAUGCAGAGAAUUUAAUCAAAAAAUUAGUAAAGGAAAAUGAGGAGCAACGCAAAGAAAUUCACUCGAUCCGAAGCCAGCUAAAUAAAGGAGGUGGAAAUGGAAGGUACAGUGGAGGAAGAAGAGGAGGUGGUGGAGGCGGUGAACACCAUCGCUUUCCUCCCCUACAAACCCAGAACUUCUGGGGAAAUGGCUCACAAAAACAUAAAACUAGCCCAGAAUAUCAUGGAGGAAGGAGGCCAUUAGACCACGAAGUAGUUGGUCAAGCAGCACCGACUCUCCCUCAUUUAAAUAGAUCGUAUAGUCAGUCAUCCUCAAAUCAAAGGCAUAAAUACUAUAGUAAUGGGAACCACUUCUACCGAGGCAACAGCAGUGAAGAGGGCGAUGGUAGAAGGCGUUACCGAGGAAGAGGAGGAGGAGGUAGCGGUGGAGGACAUCACAAAGAAGAGAAUUAAUUUGAUGAUGCUUUGUUGACCUGAUUGAUUUUGAUUCUCAACUUACAGAUCCUGAUAAUCAAUUAAGAAUAAAUAUUUAAAAUCUAAUAUUUUCAUAGUAUUCAAUUUGGAGCAAAGAUUUCUUUAUUAUUACAUUGAUGGCUAGAUGUAAAUGUUACCACUAAAAUUUUAAAAAUGACCAAUUGGAGUUAUAAUUUGUUUUCAUUCUAAACAAAUAUUAUCGAUUUUAGGUUUGCAUUAAUUUUAAGAAAUUUUAUUCAAAAGCAGAUCCAUUCUCUAAUAUUUUUUUAAUAAAUUCUAGUGUUCUUGGGCAAAAUUUCUCUGGGACAAUUUAUGGCAUAUGUAAGAGUUUUAAUUGCAUUUAACAUUUUAUAUCUUGUUUUUGUUUGAUAUAAAGAAAUUAGUAAUAUAUAUUGUAGCCCAAUAUACUUGCUUUAGCUGUGUCUUCUUACUUAUUCUAAGUGGUUAAACUGUUACGAAAAUAGUGUUUCAUAUGUAUAACAUUUUUCAGAUUUUGAUGCUGUGCAGACCAAAUUGAAAUUCACACAAAAUUUUUUAAUAACUAAAAAAUGUGCUUUUGUUUUAUGGGGUUUUCCUUUUUAGAUAAUAAAUAUUGUCUUGUGGCAUUGGUUUUAAAAGUAGUUUUACAUUGUUGAGAUUAAUUAAGGGCUUUAAUUAUUUGUAAGUCAGCAAAUUGAAUCGUUGUAAAAUUAGUUUAUAUUGUACAGUUGAGUUAAAGUUAAUAGAUAUCAUUUCUCCGCACACGAAUAUUUUCUAACACAUUAUAGAAAGUUAUUGAUAUUAUUCGUUAUGUUAAAAUCAUUGAAGAUGUAGUUAUUUCUAAUGAGAAAUGUUGUUUUGUUUGUAUAUUAUCCAAAGUGUUUUACUCUUGACUAAACGAUGCCCUAAUAUGAUGAAAAUUAGUAACAUUACUCUUGAUAUGCUAUGUACAUCAAUGUAAGCAUUUUGUGAUUGAGAAAUAUAAGAAAACUAGUUCUAU